UCAUGUUUAUGAAACAGUGUUUGUUCAAGUCCCAUGGAAAAGCUCCACAUUUUCUAUUAUAAUUGAAUCGGAUAAUUUUUAUGCAGAUUUUUAUAACAAAACCACAAUGUUUCGGAAAUUAUUAAAAUUGUCUCAUGAUUUAUCUGUAUCAUUAGAAGAAAAACUAUCUGCUCGUCGUGCUUCAGAGUCAUGGCUUUGUACAAUGCCAACAGAAAUAUUGAUAAUUAUAUUUAGUUAUUUACCACCGAAAUCAUUGGUAGCUAUAAGAGAACUUGGCAUCAAAAGACUUACAGAAAUCUCUCUAUCUCUAAAGGUAGCUGACUUUUCACAAUGCAACACAGUUCUUGCAGAAGAUAUGUCAUCAUUUUUCACUAAGGAUAGGGUGGAGCACAUAAGAGAAAUCAGUUUUGAUAACGUUUUUUUCAUCAGUCAUGUUAACUUAGAGAAAUAUAUUAUCAAAUGUAAGCAUUUAACAGUCCUAUCUGUGAUUGAUUGUGGACUAUCUUAUGCAAAUAUAAUUCGCAUUUUGAAGAAUUGUUCAAAAUUGGAAGAAUUAUAUUGGACUUUAUUCGUCAUAAGGCCUGUUCCAAAAUGUGAAGACAUUUUUGAAAAUAUCAAGAAACUGUAUUUGCACAUCCAAGAACCUAGAAAAUGGGAAUUUUUUAUCAUAAAUACGCUUUUAACAAUGUGUCCUGAAGCUCAUGAUGUAUGCUUAAACAUCUCGCCCUACUUUAGUAGAACAUUACCACAUGAAAUUGCAAGAUCAGUUCAAACAGGAAAAAUAUUUUUUAAAUAUAGAGAGCAUCCGGUGAAUGUUGUUACAUCUAACAAACUUUGUAGUCUUUUUCUUAAUGAUAUAGAAUACUUAAUGGAUAAAUUGCAUCUUUACAAUCAACCGAAUGGAGAGACGAUUUUUAUAACUGGUGAUUGUUUGUCUUUUUACAUGUCCUUUUAUUCAUCUUAUUUGCAAUUUAUAACUGAGGAAACAGACAUGGCCAAGUUAUCCUCGCUACCUGAUAAUAGUGUUCAUAGUUUAAUUGUGUUGAUGAAUGAUAAUAAAGCUCAACUACUUAAUCAUAUGGAAAAAAUAAAAAGAGUUUCUGGAUUGAAAUUGGAUCAUUUAACUUUUCACAAUGCCUCAUUUCCAGUGGUUUCUAUAAAGGAUCAUAGAGAGUUAGAAUCUUCUGAUGGAACACUUGUGCGUGAUAUUUUAUCACAAAUUGUGUCCACUUCUGUGAAUAUCAGUGUUCUUAAUUUGUCAGAGGUGCAUUUUGAUAUUCCCUUCCAUUUUCCUGCAUUAUAUUGCUUAAAACGAUUAAGAGUUUUUAGCAUAUCUGCUUGUUGUUUGAAACGUCCUGGUUUUGGCUAUGGUAAAGAGAUCUAUGAAAACCAGAUUAAAGGAUUUGAAGGUUUUGUUCAGAAUUGUGGAAAAGUUGAGAAAUUUUCCUUUCUUCGAUGCUUAAAGUGCAAAUUUGGACCAGAUGAUCAUGCUCUUGCUGCUGUCUCAAAAUGGAAAAAAUUAAAAUCUUUCACCAUAAGAGAGAUUGAUACAUUUCGUGUUUGCCCAUUUUUGAUACACAUUGCACAUAAUUGUCCUGAUUUCCAAAGUUUAGAACUGAAUGAAGUUGGUGAUCCAAAUGUGUGUCAUUUUAUCCCGAAUGUCAUGUACAUCAUCAAGAAUUCAAAGAAACUUUUAUUUCUGAGAAUCAACCAGCCCAUGUUUUAUCCUGCGAACUGUUUCUUUUGGAAAGCUAUUGAAUCAGCCAAGAAUUUACAGGGUAUUUGUAUAAGAUCAAAGUCUAAGGCUUGUGUGGAAAACAAGAUAAUUACAGAUGCUAUAAGAAAGUUACCAUUUUUGCAUGUUUUCCAUCUGGCUGCUCCACGAAUCUGUCAGAAUCUUGUUACUCAAAUUAAGCAAAUUUUUGCAAAGAAUGGAAUUCAAUCAUAUGAUAUACAUGUUUUUCCAGUGAAUGAGUCAUAUAAAAAUUGUGAUAGUAUACAUUUUCCAACUUUUUAAUAUUUUGUUGUGCAAAUCAAAGAUCGACAAGAUUCCUGGAAGUAUUCUAUGUUUGUAUUUAAGUAAUUCUAAUGAAGUUUCUACAUGAAGUAUUUUUAUUCUACUCUUUUUCAGAGAGAUUAUAUUGAGUCAUCGUUAUUUUGAAUAGUACAUAAUAUGGUAACUUUGAAUUUUUGUGAAAAUUAAAUACAGUAAUAUUGUUGCAAUGUAUACAGUAAUAUUGUUAAUAACCUAAAUUAAAUACAGUAAUAUUGUUAAAUCACAAAUGUAUAAAACAUUAAAGGUUCUCUUUUAAUGAGUAACUUGCCCCAAUUUGUACUUGUGUAACAGCCAUGUAUCUUAAAUAUAUAUUUUCUCUAACCUACAUACAUUUGUUGACAAAAAUAAAGAUGAAAUUUUAUUCAUUUUGUAAUGUUGAUAGUGAUGAAAGGUUAAAAGGAAUAUUUCUAUUAUUGAUGUAAAUUUUUUUUAACAGAAUGUAAUAUUUUUUUUCAUAUUUUUAUUAAUUGUCAUUUCUUUGUAGAUUAAAUUAUUUUUAUGUUUUUAAAAACGUUGGUUUUUUCAUAAUAAAAACUGAUACUUUUAAACCAUUGAAUAUUUGCAUUGUAAUAAAUUAUUUAAUGUAUCUGUUAAAAAAAUUAUCUAAAUGUAUAUUGAUAAAUUGAUAUCUGGGUGAUGAAAACAGCUGUUAAUGAAUAUAGUUGACCUUGCAAAUAUAGUUACAAGGUAAAAAAUCUGUUUCAGUUAUCAGUUUUUUAAAAUAAAUCCUCAAAUAAUUUGUUUAUGCAUCUUUGGAAUAUAUUUGUAUGGACAUUACAUAUUUAAAAACAAAUGGUGCAUUUUUAAUAGCUUUAUAUGGUACAUUUUAAAAGUAAUGCUUGAUAGUUGUAAAUGUGUAGUAGGAAAAGUAGAUCUGAUUGUAUACGUUUAUUAAAACUUUUAUCGAUAUUCGAUUGAUAUCAAUAUCGACUAAAAACAAUUUGCUAUUGACAAAUGUUGAAGCAGAGAUGCUAUAUAUCACAUAUUUAUACUAUAUAUCAUUUAUACUAUUUAUCAAGUAUUUAUAUAUAUACAUGUAUGUAGUUUGUUUCCAUCAGAGGAGUAAUUGUCUUUGCAGGAAGAGGAGGAAUGCUUAAAUUUAAUAAAACACUGGUUGAUGUUUAAAAAUUUUUUGCAAAAAUGUUUAUGGGCAUUUGAUUAAAUAUGUAUGACUGUGAUAAACAAGUAUUUAUGGAUGUGGCAGUUUCCAUCAUAAAUGUUGCUGUUUUUACAGAAAAUAGUGUACAUUAUUGAUGUUAUAAAAAUUACAUUGUUCUUUUAUCAGAUAUUAUAGAAAAGUUUAUGAAAUAUAUAACAUAUUGAUGAAUAUGAUAACCUUAUAUUUAUGAGUGAUACUGUUUCCAUCAUGUAAGCAACUUUUUUUGCUGGGAAAUAUUUACAUUUUUCGGAACAAAUAUUAAUUGUAAUCUAAAAAAAAAUCUAUUGAUCUUUUGAGACAUACUACAACAUUAGUGUUAUAGUUAGAUAUUUAUGGAUAUGAUGAUAAAAUAUUUAUGGAUGUGAAAUUAUAGAUUAUGGAUAUUAAAUUAUAGAAGUAGUUUUUUUUUUUUUUUUGUGGUGGUGUAAAGAAAAUUUGUACCCUUUUUAGUACAAGAAUUAUUCUAACAUAGGGGUGGGCAAACUUUCCCAUGGUAGGCGCUGCUUCUAAUUUUUUUUUUAAGGUGAUGCGGUCCACCCAGUGCCGCAAGAAUGGGGAUGUAAAAAAGGAUCUACAAUAUUUAUUAUAAUUUAAUAAUAAAUAUGGAAUUUGUACUUACCUACAUAACUACAAACAUUAUAAUAAUUUCAAAAAUACAUUAGAAAAUAAAUAAUUUUCAAUUAAAGUUGGUUCUUGUAGUUAUAAUUAGUAGAAGACUUAGUCUGCAUACUGUCCACCAAUCUUGAAUAUCUCGGUAUAUAAUUACUAACCGCUAAUCUUGCACUGGAUUCUAAGGUGGUCAUCUGCGAGACGGGAACGAUGUGAUGUCUUAAUUAUAUUCAUCGUUGAAAAUGCAGAUUCAGACAGCUUGGUAAAGUAAAAAAAUGAUGUUAAAUGAUAUGCAACUUUUUUUAAAUUAGGAGACUUUACUUCGUCGGUUAAAUUCCAAAAUUAUUCUUAGGUUCUGAAUUAUGUGCUUUUAAAAUUAUGUCUACUGAAGGCAAAAAACUUUGUUUUCCUCAAGAGAUAAAGAGAAUAUAUAGUUUACAUUUUGAGUUAUUUCUUCCGCACCAGCAUUGCCAAAUGGGUAACACCUAAAUGCAACAAUUGGUUCUAGUCUAGUAAAUUGUUGAAAUGUCACUCAAAUUUAGAGUGAAGUUUUAUUACUUCAUUAUAAUAUUACUCUUUGUUUAAUGUACUUCCAUUUUUAAACAACCUGUCAGAAAUAUUUUUGAGAUUUUUCAACAGUGUUUCAUAAAUGUUUCUUUUAGUAUGUAUGUCUUAAGUCUUAGUAAAAGUGGCCACCCCCAAAUGUCUUCGCGGUCCUCCGGUCAAUCGUGAUCGACUUAAUGCCCACCCCUGUUCUAACACAUCUGUAAAGCUCUUUUGGGAAACAAGAUAUGUUUUGCAGUUAGCUAUAAAUUUUCUGUUGAGUGCUAUAUGGUUUUGAACAUCUUAGAUGUAAAUUUCGAUGAUUAAAGUGUAGAUUUUGAUAUUCUUUAAUGUAUAUAUGUGUGUAAGAUAAAUAUAUUUUAUAUAUAUUCCAUGAAAGGCUACAUAAUGAAUUUUUUUCCCCUUAGCAUCAGAUGAAAUUAUAUUAUUUGUUAUAAUCCACAUUUAAUUUGGCAAACAUUCUCUUCAAAAUAAAUCAUUUUCGGUUAAUAUUACCAUACAUUAUUGUUUAUCAGAUGUAUUCACAAUAUAUAUUUAUAUAUAUAUAUGAUAUAAAUAUAUUUUCUCUGUUUUUACUAUAUCUGAGGUGCUGUUUUGUGAACUCAAGGAUAUGUAGAGUAAUACAUAUUUAUAUAUUUAAAUUUUCUUUUGUAAUUUAAUCUUUCUACUGAAAAAUUUCGAAGAAUCGCAUUUUAAAAUGUUUAUUUAUGCUUUGCUUUCACUUAAGCCAUUUGUUUCUGUGAUAUUAUUUAUUGUAUUUGUUAUGUUUGUAUUUAAAGUACUAUUUAUUAAGUCUAUCACAAUUUGUACACUCAUGUAAAAAUGUGUGCUUUAGAACUAUGGGUAGUAAAUAUUCUAUGUAGUUUGUUGGCCAUGUGUAAUAGAGUAAUAGAACUGUGAAUAAAUGGUAUAAAACCUGAAUUCACUAAGCAGUUUCAUUUGAUUUAGUUUAUCUUUCAUAACAGUAAUCACUCUUUUUAGCUGAAUAUCAGCAAUUAUUAGCUUUUUCUAAAGGAGGAU